AAAAUCCCAAACAAGGAAAUGGUGGGGGAAUAAAACGACCAGAUUAUUUAAUUAAUGCAUGUUAUAAUUAAUAUUUUAUUUUAUUGUAAAUUAAGGCGUAUUUAUGGGUUAAAAUGGAUUACGACUUCAAAACAAAGCUGGCGGCCGAGAGAGAGAGAGUAGAAGAUCUGUUCGAAUAUGAAGGUUGCAAAGUGGGUCGAGGCACCUACGGGCACGUUUAUAAAGCUAAGCGCAAAGACGGGAAAGAUGAGAAGGAGUAUGCACUGAAACAAAUAGAAGGCACUGGAAUAUCAAUGUCCGCCUGCAGGGAAAUUGCUCUGCUCCGAGAACUGAAACACCCAAAUGUGAUCGCCCUUCAGAAAGUGUUCCUGUCCCACAGCGACAGAAAGGUCUGGCUCCUCUUUGACUACGCUGAACACGAUUUGUGGCACAUCAUCAAGUUUCACCGUGCCUCCAAGGCCAAUAAGAAGCCCAUGCAGCUGCCCCGAGGGAUGGUGAAGUCUCUCCUGUAUCAGAUUCUGGAUGGGAUCCAUUACCUCCAUGCCAACUGGGUGCUCCACAGGGAUCUGAAACCAGCGAACAUCCUGGUGAUGGGCGAAGGCCCCGAACGAGGACGAGUUAAAAUAGCUGACAUGGGUUUCGCCAGACUCUUCAACUCUCCCCUGAAGCCGCUGGCGGAUCUCGACCCUGUGGUAGUGACAUUCUGGUACAGGGCCCCAGAACUGCUGCUGGGGGCGCGGCACUACACCAAAGCUAUUGAUAUUUGGGCGAUUGGCUGCAUCUUUGCGGAGCUGCUGACGUCAGAGCCCAUUUUUCACUGUCGCCAGGAGGACAUCAAGACCAGUAACCCCUUCCAUCAUGAUCAGCUGGACAGGAUAUUUAGUGUCAUGGGUUUCCCCGCAGAUAAAGACUGGGAAGACAUCAGGAAGAUGCCGGAGUACCCCACACUGCAAAAAGACUUCAGGAGGACAACGUAUGCAAACAGCAGCUUAAUCAAAUACAUGGAGAAGCAUAAAGUCAAACCAGACAGCAAAGUUUUCUUGUUGCUCCAGAAACUCCUUACCAUGGACCCUACCAAAAGGAUUACAUCAGAGCAGGCGCUGCAGGACCCGUACUUCCUGGAGGACCCUUUACCAACCACUGAUGUGUUUGCUGGGUGUCAGAUCCCCUACCCCAAACGAGAGUUUCUUAAUGAAGACGAGCCAGAGGAGAAAACAGAAAAGAACCAGACCCAGCAGCACCAGCAGACGACGGGCCAGACUCAGGCCCAGAACCAGCAGCAGACAGCAGCCCAGCAGGCCCCCUCCCAGCAGAGCUCUGCUCAAACCAACGGCACCGCCGGAGCCACGGGGGCCGCCACUGGGGGAGGUUUGCAGCACGGUCAGGACCAGGGGCCACCAAACAAAAAACCUCGGAUUGGGCCCUCUGGGGCCUCCUCAGGCACUGGGGUGCUGCAGUCAGAUUACCAGCACUCCGGCUCCCGCCUUGGUUACCAAAGCAACGUCCAAGGUUCCACUCAGCCCCAGAGCACCAUGGGAUACUCGUCAUCAACCCAGCAGAGCUCCCAGUACUCCCACCAGACCCAACGUUACUGAUGCUCCCUGUCACUCCUGAACCAGCAGAGGAGUCAAGCUCCUCCUCGUCUUCAGCCAACCCUCAACAACCUCAGCACCAUGUCUCCAGUGUCCUGGUUGGACCCCUGUCCCUGCAUUACAUCAUUCCAACUCCAGCCAUCGCCCCUUUCGAACUGCCCUCACCUCUGACCUUUUACCUGACAGCCUUUGGCGG